CGCACGCCUCUAAACAAUGCACGGGCCACGGCGCCAUGGAAAGCAGCUUUGGUGAAAAACUAGAAAUCGUGUCGCCCAGAGGGAGUAAAUCAGCAGUUUGGGAAUAUUUUGGAUUUUGGAGAAUUCACGGAGUACUUGACAAGAGGCGCAUUGUGUGUAAACUGUGCCGUCACGAGUUGGCAUAUGUUGGGAACACCACAAACCCGGCCAGGCAUCUCAGGAUCCAACACGAUAUCCACAUCGCUGGCAUCACUAGCUGCGCCAAAAACAAAGGGAAAGACUCCACUGAACUAGACACAUCCAAAGAAACACUACCGGGGCCAAGCCAUUUAGAAGAAGAUAAUGCAGCCUUUAGCACUCUCUCGACUGUGAAGAAACCAGACUUGAUGGGGGGAAAGACUUCGAUUCUGGGGUCUCCAAAGUCCAAAGAUGGAGUUCGAUCUAAAGACGGUUCUCCAACUACAUCACCAACCCACAAACCAGCAGGAGUUCUUCCCUCUAAACUCCACUCGUCGAUGUCCAGCUCGUUACUGUCCUCUCCUUCCACCUCAUCUACGCUCCAGUCUCCGGGCAGAGCCAAGAUGAGUGUGUCCGGCCCAGGCAGCAGUAAGUCCUCCCUGCCCCCAGCCCCUCUCUCUUCUCCUGGGGCUGCCUCUCCAUCGGCCUCCCCUGGUCCAACCAAAAUCCACCGCGCCCGAAAGACCAUGAACAGGCCUCGUUUUACACAGCUAAAUCAAAUAAGUGGAGCACAGACUUCGGACCAAACUGAUGCAGAACAUGCUGCUAAGAAGAGAAAACUUGAACACUUGUUUGAUAGUCUAUCAAAGACAGGACCAGACAACACGGAAUCUCAUAAAACCCCAGAGCAUGUUUCUAAACCAGUGACAAUCCAAAAUAAUGGGUCUAUGGGCAACACAGAGGAAAGCACCAGGAGAAACCUUAUCUCCAGUCCAGUUUCAUUGGACAAGCAGUUGGAUUCUGACACGAGGACGGCACAGACCAAAAAUGGACACUGGUUAACGUCAGAUAAGAAUAAAGACUCGGAAGACGCAGUAGAAACUGUAGGAGGGGGCGCUCCUGACUACACUGAGGUUCCUUUGGGAGCUUUGGACAUCGCUGCUGCGGACAGUCUAACACAGUCACCGCAGCCUGAGGGCAGUGAUGGGGGAGAGGUGGAGCGGUUGGAGGAACUCCCGUUGUGCAGCUGUCGGAUGGAGGCUCCACGCAUUGACGGCUCCACUCACCGCUGCUUCAGAGCCUGCAUGGCCACAGAGAGCCUCAACGGAGAGCUCCGGACGUGUACAAAUCGGACCCUGAAGGCAGAGACGAUGCGCCCCUCGAGUCGUGUGCCCCUCAUGAUCCUCUGUGAUAUCCAUCGGUCCCAUAUGGUCAAACACCACUGCUGUCCUGGCUGUGGAUAUUUCUGCCUCGCUGGCACUUUUCUGGAGUGCUGUCCCGACCAGCGCAUCACCCAUCGUUUCCACCGGGGCUGUGUGACGGUUUUGAGUGGGGGUCGGAGAGCGCACGGAGGCGGAAUGAUCUUCUGUCCUCACUGUGGAGAGGACGCGUCAGAGGCACAGGAAGUGACUGUCCCGAGCUCGGCUUCUGCUGCGACAGUGGUCACCAUGUCUGCCUCCUCCACGACCACCCCCUCACUGCCCCCCUGCACCCCCAACGCACCCUCGCUCACUGCAUCCACAGGCGGGACCAAAGACGGGCAGAUGCCGGAGAGACCCGUCAGCGCCCGGAUGCGUAGUCACGGUUUGAAGUUGACCGUGGAGCAGCAGCCUCCUCAGACUGUGGGCUCAGCCACGACCGCCGCCUCUGUCCCACCAGUAGAGGGGGGUGUGGACAGCGUGGGACCCUCCCUUUGUAUGCCCAACGGAAAACCCAUCAGCCCCGGUGCACUUCCGCCAGGGCCCAGCAGAGCGGCACUGCAAAAGGCCAUUCUCACACAGGACACUGAGAGGAAGAAAAAGCUUCGUUUCCAUCCACGUCAGCUCUACCCCGCUGCCAAACAGGGCGAGGUCCAGAGGGUCCUGCUCAUGCUCAUGGAAGGCAUAGACCCCACCUACCAGCCCGACUCCCAAAACAGGAGGUCAGCUCUUCACGCAGCAGCUCAGAGGGGGCUGCUGGAGGUCUGCUACAUCCUGGUGCAGGCUGGAGCUCGUAUAGAUGCCCAGGACAAAGAGAUGCGAACCCCUUUGUUGGAGGCCAUCAUCAACAAUCACCUGGAAGUGGCUCGAUACCUGGUCCAGAGUGGAGCGUGUGUCUACCACGUGGAAGAUGAUGGAUACACCGGACUCCAUCAUGCUGCAAAACUGGGAAGCUUGGAAAUCGUUAACUUACUUUUAGAGACAGGACAGGUUGAUGUCAAUGCACAGGACAGCGGUGGUUGGACACCAAUCAUUUGGGCAGCAGAGCACAAACAUGUUAAAGUAAUUAAAGCUUUGUUGAACAGAGGAGCAGAUGUUACCAUUAAUGAUAAGGAGCUGAAUGUGUGUCUUCACUGGGCGGCAUAUGCUGGAAACGUGGAUAUUGCGGAGCUGGUGCUGAACUCCGGCUGCUCCCUGGCCUCAGUGAACAUCCAUGGAGACACACCCCUGCACAUCGCCGCCAGAGAGGGAUACUUGGACUGUGUCAUGUUGUUUCUGUCUCGUGGGGCAGACAUUGACAUCAUGAACAGAGAAGGAGAGACACCGCUAACGCUAGCUCGAGUCGACACACCUGUUUGGGUCGCACUUCAAAUCAACAGGAAAAUACGAAGAGGGAUCACCAACCGCAUGCUUCGAACCGAGAAAAUCGUAUGCACGGACAUUGCACAGGGCUAUGAGAAUGUGCCUAUCCCGUGUGUGAACUCUGUGGACGAUGAGGGCUGUCCUUCAGAUUACAAAUACGUGUCAGAAAACUGUGAAACAUCUGCAAUGAACAUAGACCGCAACAUCACACACUUACAGCAUUGUAGCUGUACUGACGACUGCUCCUCCAGUAACUGCCUAUGUGGACAGCUCAGUAUUCGCUGCUGGUAUGAUAAGGACCAGCGACUUCUACAGGAGUUUAAUAAAAUUGAACCCCCACUCAUAUUUGAGUGUAACGUGGCGUGUUCCUGUUAUCGGACGUGUAAAAACAGAGUGGUGCAGGCAGGAAUCAAAGUACGUCUCCAGCUGUACAGGACAGAGAAAAUGGGGUGGGGUGUUCGAGCUUUGCAAGACAUUCCCCAAGGAAGCUUCAUUUGCGAAUAUGUGGGAGAGCUAAUUUCUGACGCAGAGGCAGAUGUUAGAGAGGACGACUCGUAUUUGUUUGACCUGGACAACAAGGAUGGGGAGGUGUACUGCAUUGAUGCCCGUUAUUAUGGAAACAUCAGCCGGUUCAUAAACCACCUGUGUGACCCAAACCUGAUCCCAGUCCGAGUCUUCAUGCUGCACCAGGACUUGAGGUUUCCCCGAAUCGCCUUCUUCAGCUCACGAGACAUCCUCAGUGGACAGGAGCUCGGUUUUGAUUAUGGAGACCGCUUCUGGGACAUCAAGAGUAAGUACUUCACAUGUCAGUGCGGGUCGGAGAAGUGCAAACAUUCGGCUGAGGCAAUUGCACAGGAGCAGAGUCGACUGUCCCGACUUGAGGCCUGCCCAGAACCAGGAACGGACUCAGGAAUUUCGGUCCUCGGAAACCCAUAACCCAUACACUGCAUUUCAACUUCAGCAUGACAAAAAAUAAAAUAUAGACAAUUUACGUAUUGUGUGUCUGGUGCUAUAGUGUCUUUUUAUAUGAAAUGUACAUUAUUAUAGAGGACUUGGACUCUUUUGUGUCCUAAUAGGAAAAUAUACUGUCUACUGUCUGUCUGCUAUUACUGUAUAUUCAUUUUACUGCCCUGAAUGUCACAUGUCUGUUGUGUUUGUGCCUAACACAUUUUUAUCAAAACAACUAAAUAUUCUGUCAUGGUUUACUUUUUAUAGUUGUUGUUUUUUUUUGUUUUUUUUAUUUACUUUUUAUCUUGCUAGAAUAAUAAAUUGGCUCAAACAAGUAUGAGUUAUUAUGACUGAAACGUUGCAAUAAAACUACUCUCUUGGGCUCAG